UUAAAAUAUAUAAAUCCGAAAGUAAAGAAUACUCGGCGAAUAUACCUGCAUUUCUAUGACAAAUGUACAAUCCAAUGGGCAAAACCGAAGCAUCCCUUGCAGAGAUUGUAAUCAAGAUGCUCUGAAAAUUUGAAGUUUUCAAUUAAACAGGAUUAAAGCAUACGUAAUUUUAUGGACGCUGUUGUUCAAUUUCGCCACACUUGGAUGUAGUUUAUUCAACAGCCAACUUAAAUGUCAAAACUCCCUCUUUCAAAGUCAUCGAUUGCUUGAUCGAAGUCCCUCCUAUCUUAUGGUGAGUUUGCGUUUUGAUUUAAAGUGAGUCAAUUCGCUGUGCUUAUUUUUAUCAGAGGUCAGUUAUCAGAAAUGGGUUACAUCGGGGAUGCAUUUUUAAUGCUGGUGUCAACAGUAGUGAUGGUGGGUGUGGCUCGUGGUGUAACACUGGAGGCAUUUCCAAGGAUACUGAACGCUUCUGGAGAUAACGUCACUCUGCACUGGGAAGGCAUUUCUUCUCCUUUAGACUUAGACUGGGUGGGUAUUUAUUCUCCUCCCAAUUCUGCAGAUGAUCAUUUCAUAGGUUACAUUUUUCUCUCCUCAUGCCCAAAUUGGAAAAAGGGUUCUUGUUCCAUAAAUCUCCCCCUCAUCAACCUCAGAUCUCCUUAUGAGUUCAAAAUAUUCCAUUGGGACAAAUCCCAGAUUACAAAUACCACUCCAGUGGACUCAGAUCACAAUCCCCUGCCCUCCACUGCCAAUCUACUGGCCAAAAGCCAGGUUGUCACUUUUCAGAAUCUGAAUCAUCCAGCUCAGGUCCACUUGGCAUUUACUUCCAAUGAAGAUGAGAUGCGUGUCAUGUUUAUCACCAAGGAUGAUUUCAAGAGCUAUGUGAAAUAUGGGCUUGAAGAGGAAGGGCUGGAUGAGAUGGCGGAGGCUUUGUCCAUCACUUAUAAGCAGUCUGACAUGUGUGAUGCGCCUGCUAAUACUACCUUGGGAUGGAGGGAUCCGGGUUACAUUCAUGAUGCUGUCAUGCAAGGACUGGAGCCAGGGAGGCGUUAUUUUUAUCAGGUUGGAAGCGAUCAAAGUGGUUGGAGUUUGAUUAAAAGUUUUAUAUCUCGAGACAAAAAUUCAGAUGAAACCAUUGCCUUCCUUUUUGGUGACAUGGGAACGUCAGUUCCGUAUAGAACUUUUCUCUGGACCCAAGAGGAGAGCAAGCUUACGGUCAAAUGGCUAAAACGUGACAUAGAAGAACUUGGAGAUAAGCCUACAUUUAUUUCACAUAUUGGUGAUAUCAGCUAUGCCAGAGGUUAUGAAUGGUUAUGGGAUUCGUUCUUUACUCAGAUUGAGCCUCUUGCAUCCAAGGUUCCAUUUCAUGUUUGUAUAGGAAAUCAUGAGUAUGAUUGGCCAUUACAACCAUGGAAACCUGAAUGGGCAAGUAGACUUUAUGGCACGGAUGGUGGUGGUGAAUGUGGGGUGCCUUACAGCCUGAAGUUUCAUAUGCCCGGUAAUUCUUCCGCUCCCACUGGAACUGCUGCUCCACCCACCAAAAAUCUCUACUAUUCAUUUGACUUGGGAGUUGUACAUUUCUUAUAUAUAUCCACUGAAACAAAUUUUUUACGUGGAAGUGAUCAAUAUGCCUUCAUAGAGCAAGAUUUAAAAAAUGUUGACAGAAGAAAGACUCCCUUCGUAGUUGUUCAAGGUCACCGUCCCAUGUAUACAAGUAACUAUGAACUUAAGGAUGCGCCCCUACGCCAAAAAAUGAUUGAGCACUUAGAACCUCUUCUAGUAGAGUAUAAAGUCAAUCUUGUCUUAUGGGGUCAUGUUCACAAGUAUGAGAGAUUUUGUCCAAUAAAAAACAUGUCAUGUGGAACCCUAGACAAUGGUGCCAAUCUUCCAGUGCACGUUGUGAUUGGAAUGGGAGGGCAAGAUUGGCAACCAAAAUGGGAGCCUAGGCCCGACCAUCCAACAGAUCCAAUCUUCCCGCAACCUGCUAGGUCCGUUUACAGAAGCAGCGAGUUUGGUUAUACAAGACUGUAUGCAACUAGGGAAACGUUGACACUUUCUUACAUUGGUAAUCAUGAUGGACAGGUCCAUGAUGCUCUAGAGAUACAUCUAAAGAAUAGCACAAAAGCUUUCUCAAACUGGAUUUGGUUCCUGAAGGCGAGCUCUUUAUUUCUGCUAGGAACUUUAUGUGGUUUAAUUGUUGGAUAUCUAUUGUACUCCAAAAAGGAAAAAAUUAAAUGGACAGGGCUGAAAACCAAUGAAUUCUGAUGGGAAUCAUGUGACAAAAGCAUAAAAGACGAAAGGAUCUAUACAUCUAUGUCAACUUUAUUUACUUUGGAAACGACAAACUGAAGUAUUUGUAUGCUUGUUAGAAGGAAAAUGCAAGCUAACAUGUCAGGCUGAACCAUUUGUAUCUUGUGAAUGAAGAAUUGGUAAACUUAAGAGUACCUAAGCUGUGUCCAAAGUCUAUUUAUGUGAACCCAUGAACUUCUGAUGCAUCAAAAAGCUCUUGUCAUUAUCUUCUUUGCACGAGUAUGAUGUAAAUAAUUUGUAACUAUAACAACUAUUUUUCACUGAGGGUCUUUAUAUUGAUUUACAUAAGCCAAUUUAUUAUUUUCUUUGAGCUUUUU